UACCUGUGGCAGGCCAAAGACGGGUUUUGGAUUUGUUAUUAUCCGUUAUUAGGUACCUACCUGCCUCGGUAUAUAAUAGACACCUCAAUAUCUACUACACAUAUAUGUAGUUAUUAGGUUUCAAUGCUUUAUGUCUCUGGGUCUUCAAGUGCAUCACGCGAACAAGACCCUCUCAACCCUGAGAAUCCACUGGCGCGAUGCUUAAUGCGCAAAUACCUACAACGUCAACAUUGAAUCGUGCACUUAAGCUUUUCACCCUUCCUCUCUCCAAUAAUUCUUAAUCAAUAAAUCAAAUUUUACUUCUUCUCCAUCUCCAUCUCCAUCUCCCUCUCCCUCUCCCUCUCCGUCUCUCCCUCGCCUUCUCUGCUUUACUAGUUGCCCCAUCAAAGGCCUAUGACCUAUGGCCUCCUGUUCAUGGGACAUGGCUAUUCUAUACCUUAAUAUCUCGAGUCGUGGUUCCUAAUAUCAGACCUAAAAGCCCAUCACAACCAUUGUAUACCAUGCUACAUACGAUGUUGACAUUUGCUUUGCUACUAUCGUGCCUGGUAGUUGCCUUCGCGUUGGGAUCCCCUGUAGGCAGUCAAUACCCUCUCCGAAAACAGGAUGAUACUACGACUCCUGAUCAUAUUUCGCCCGACCUCUUCGCAUCCCUCGAGCGCUUCUCCCGACUGGUCGACAUAGCUUACUGCGUUGGCACCACCGGAGUUAACCCACCCUUUUCCUGCGCAUCACGAUGCAAAGACUUCCCAUCACUAGACCUCGUCACCACAUGGAAUACAGGUGUUUUGAUGAGCGAUAGUUGUGGUUACAUUGCAGUUGACCAUGGAACAUCACCGGUACCUAAUACGAGCGUGGAUGUAGGUAGAGCUAAUGGUGAGGGUUUGGAUAUGGGGAACAAGAGUCAGGGGGCAAUCAUUGUGGCGUUUCGCGGUACAUACAGCAUUACCAAUACCGUCGUCGACCUCAGUACAAUACCUCAAGAAUACGUCCCCUAUCCCUCACCAGAUGAGGGAUCCGAACCACCCAAGGAGCCGAAUCAUACCUGUUAUAACUGCACAGUGCAUAUGGGUUUCCUGACAUCGUGGCGAAUAGCUAAAACUGUUGUGCUACCAGCACUCAAGCCACUACACCAGCAAUAUCCGAAUUAUCCAAUUUAUCUUGUCGGUCACAGUCUCGGUGGCGCUGUAGCUGCUCUUGCUGCUUUGGAACUCAAAGUUACAUUGGGCUGGAACAAUCUCGUGGUGACCACCUUCGGCGAGCCCCGUAUUGGAAACGAUGGGUUUGUCGAAUACCUAAACUCAGUCUUCGAACUAGGCAACGCUGGGAGACAAUCCGAGGUGCAUACGUAUCGGCGCGUAACGCAUAUAGAUGACCCUGUGCCGCUGCUCCCUCUGACAGAGUGGGGAUACAGGUCUCAUGCUGGCGAACUGUUUAUAUCCAAACCCGAUCUGCCUCCCGAGCUAUCAGAUAUUCGGUCGUGUAUAGGAAACUACGAUUCCCAGUGUAUCGCGGGCUCGGCGGGAGAGAGUUUUGCGAAAACCGGGAAGAUCAUGGCCGAAGAGCGGGCACAAGACACGUCGGUUUGGACACGGGGGCUUUGGGAUUUCCCAACUCGGUUCAAGCUAUGGCAAUUCUUGUUCGCGCAUCGAGACUAUUUCUGGAGGUUGGGCUUAUGUGUGCCUGGAGGUGACCCUGUCGACUGGGGCAGGGAGAAAUAUCCUAAUUUUACGUAUAACGAUGAGCUAUGAGCCACAAGUAAUUACACAUAAUAUUAUGUACUAGUGUGUUGUCGGUAUCAUAGGCGUCUCUUUUGGUAUUUGGCAUCGUAUGGAAAAUUAAUUAUGUAGGAAUGAUCUAAAUUGACGACAGAGAACGAAAUAUAUAUUCAGUAUGCCUCAACAUGUAGGGCUAUAUCUACUAUCGUAUCUAUCGCAUGUACAUCUCUGUAUGCAUGGUGAAAAUGGCAUAAUAGCUGCAUGAUUCAUACAUGCCUAUGGCCCUAUGUACGUACCUACACAAUCUCUCUAACC